AUGCUCCGAUCACUGGGCAUCGUUUGCCUAUUAGGCGCUGCUCUAGGGGCUCCGUCGCAGUUUGCUUCUAAAUCUGACGAUCUCGUAAAUAAUCUUCCCGGACUCACAUUCACUCCAAACUUCAAGCAGUACUCCGGUUAUCUUGAUGGAUCUCAAGGAAAUCAUCUUCAUUACUGGUUAGUCGAAGCUCAAACAAACCCAACAACUGCUCCAAUUGUUCUUUGGCUCAAUGGAGGACCAGGAUGCUCUUCUCUUCUUGGACUUCUUACUGAGAACGGACCAUACAGAAUAAAUCAGGACAAUGCUACCGUCAUUGAAAACGUAAACUCCUGGAACAAAGCUGCCAAUAUCUUAUUCUUGGAAUCUCCGAGAGAUGUCGGAUUCUCUUACAGAGACAGUUCAGCUACUCCAGAUCUUCUGUACAACGACAACAAAACUGCCACAGACAAUGCUCUUGCACUCAUUCAAUUCUUCCAAAGAUUCCCAGAAUACCAAGGAAGAGACUUCUACAUCACUGGAGAAUCCUACGGAGGAGUCUACGUUCCAACUCUUACAAAACUUGUUGUGCAGAUGAUUCAGAACAACACCACUCCUUACAUCAACCUCAAAGGAUUCGCAGUCGGAAAUGGAGCUUUGAGUCGCAAACAACUCACAAACUCUGGAAUCGACCUUCUCUACUACAGAGGAAUGUUGGGUACUAAACAAUGGGAAGAUCUCCGCUUUUGCUGCCCGGACACUCCACAAGGACCACUCGUGGAUUGCGACUUUUCCAAGUUCGUUGUCUUCGACAAUUACGGCAAUCCAGCGCCUCGCAAUGACACAAAUGAUCAUCAAAUCAUUUCCUGUGGGCAGAUGGUUGUGAAUCUCGGUCUGAACUCUAUCUGGGAAACAUACAAUGAUGUCUAUAAUUCGUAUCAAGACUGCUACAACUUCGACUCAUCUGUGUUUGGAGGUGCUGAAGAGAGACAUGCCAAGGUUCAUCAAAAGACCAUGAGAAGAAUAAUGAGAAGUGCUCUUUCUACCACCGGAGCUAACUCUGCUUACCAAUUGUUCAGCACUGGAUUUAACCCAUUCAUCGACCAAGGAUCCCUCGUCAACAAAAUGUCUACCGAUGCUCUCGGAUCUUUCCCAUGCUACAAUGGAGAUGCUACCAUUGCUUGGCUCGGUCGCAAAGAUGUCCGCGAUGCUCUUCACAUCCCAACUUUUGUUCAAGCUUGGCAAGACUGCAGUGACGACAUCAAUGAGAAGUACUACAUUCAACAAAACCCAGAUAUGACUCCAGUUUUCCAAUUCCUUGUUGACUCUGGAUACCCACUCAAGGUUUUGAUCUACAACGGAGAUGUCGAUUUUGCUUGCAACUAUUUGGGAGAUCAAUGGUUUAUUGAGAACUUGGCUAACAAUGCCUACAAGAUGACAUUGACACAGACACGUCAACAAUGGAACUACACUCGUGCUGGAACAGGAAACACCUACAAACCAACGCUUGCUGGAUAUCUUAAGUCAUGGAACAUCAACAAGUUCAGCAUCGACCUGUUGACUGUCAAGGGAGCAGGACAUUUGGUCCCAAUGGACAGGCCAGGUCCAGCCCUUCAACUGUUCCACAAUUAUUUGUAUAGCACCAAUGGAUACAGCAAUCAAGUGCCGUAUGAUGUUACUCCAGCACCACUUCUUCCACAAUUCGCAGCUCCUCCACAAAAGACAUGGACUCGUAAACAAGCUGACAGAGUUUGGAACCUUCCAGGAAUUACAUACGGAUUGAACUUCAAGCAAUACUCUGGAUAUCUCAAUGGAGUCACCGGAAACUACCUUCACUACUGGUUCGUCGAGUCCCAAGAAAACCCAACCACCGAUCCACUUGUCUUGUGGCUCACUGGAGGACCAGGAUGCUCUGGACUCAUGGCAAUGCUCACUGAACUCGGACCAUUCCAUCCAAAUCCUGAUGGCAAGACACUCUUUGAGAAUGUCUAUUCAUGGAACAAGGCUGCUAACAUUAUUUUCUUGGAAUCACCAAGAGGAGUCGGAUUCUCAGUUCAAGAUCCAAGCCUGAACAAUGACACUAUCUGGGACGAUCAGAGAACCGCCACCGAUACCUACCUCGCCCUCAAGGAUUUUUUGACUGUCUACCCAGAAUACAUCAAUCGUCCAUUCUUCGUCACUGGAGAAUCAUAUGGUGGAGUCUACGUUCCAACUAUCACUUCUCUUCUCAUUGACAAAAUUCAGUCUGGAGACUUUCCACAAUUGAAUUUAGUUGGUAUGUCUAUUGGAAACGGAGAAUUGUCUGCAAUUCAACAAUUCAACUCGGCUAUCAUGAUGAGCUACUUCCACGGUCUUUUCAGCAAGGAUGACUUCGAUUCCCUCCAACAGUGCUGCAACCAAACCAAGACUAGCUCUCAAUGGUUUGAAUACUGCAAUUUCGCCCAAUACAUCCAUCUCGGGCCGGACGGAACUGCGAUUCCAAACGACGGCUCUUUCUGUGCCAACAAGGUUGCUGAUCUCGGACAACAAAGAUUCUGGAACAGUUUGAACGACGUCUACAACAUUUACCAAGAUUGUUAUGAAGAUUCUACGAGAGCUUUCGGAUCAAGAAUGACCAUCAACCAGAAAAAGAAAUACAUGAAAGGAUUCGUCGACCAAGGAGCUAAAAUCUCCACUUCUUCCACUGACAACCAAGGAGGACUUGCAUGCUACGGAACCGCCCAAGCAGCCAGCUGGAUCAACCUUCCCGAUGUUCGCAGCGCUCUUCAUGUGUCUUCUGCAGCUGGAACUUGGUCUGCUUGCAACGAUACCAUCAACGGUCUCUACGUUCAACAACACAAUGACACUACCUCCGUCUUCCAACACAUUCUCGAUACCAAGUACCCACUCCGUGUCCUCAUCUACAACGGAGACGUUGACCAAGCUUGCAACUACUUGGGAGAUCAAUGGUUCAUUGAGGCAUUCGCUUUGAAAAAUCAACUACCAGUCACCAAACAACGCGCUGAUUGGAGAUACAUGACAGCAAUUGCUGGAUAUGCCAAGAAGUUCGAUAACAACGCCGGAUUCUCCAUUGACCUUAUCACGGUGAAAGGAGCAGGACACUUGGUACCAACUGAUCGUCCAGGACCAGCCCUCCAAAUGAUUGCCAACUUCUUCCGUAACCAAGAUUACAGCAACCCAACAGUGAUUGAUUCUAGCCUCCAUCCAUUAAAACAGACUUAUGUUGUCGCUGAAAAGCUUGCUGCUUCUCUUAAUCGCUCUACCACUGGAAUCAGUUUCAACGGAAAUCGAGUUCAUACAAAGGUUCACAAAGUGGGCCGUGCCAACAAGUUCAUGAAGACUGGAGAACAAGAAUCUGUCAAGAAAUCAGCCGAAUUCGACGCUCCACCACCACCACCAUCGCAGUCAAAGGCUCAAGAUGAGGUUACCAACCUUCCUGGAUUGACUUUCACUCCAAACUUCAAACAAUACUCUGGAUACUUAAAUGCUUCUGCUGGAAACUAUCUUCACUACUGGCUCGUCGAAUCUCAACUCAAUGCCACAACUGAUCCACUCAUUCUUUGGCUCAACGGAGGACCAGGAUGCUCUUCAAUCGGAGGAUUCUUGGAGGAACUCGGACCAUUCCAUGUGAAUGCAGAUGGAAAGACACUCUUCGAAAACACGUUUUCCUGGAACAAGGCUGGAAACGUUCUGUUCCUUGAGGCACCAAGAGAUGUUGGUUACUCCUUCCGUAGUAACGAAUAUCCCGCUGACACCAUGUAUAAUGACACUUACACCGCAUCCGACACUGUCUUGGCUUUGGCUAACUUCUUCAACAAGUUCCCAGAGUACCAAAACCGUCCAUUCUACAUCACCGGAGAAUCAUACGGUGGAGUCUACGUUCCAACUCUCACACGAGCACUGAUCAAUGCUAUCCAAGCUGGUACCAUCAACAAAGUCAACCUUGUCGGAGUCGCCAUAGGAAACGGUGAACUCUCUGGAAUCCAACAAAUCAACUCGGCUGUCUCACUUCUCUACUUCAGAGGAGAACACGAUAAAUCUGACUGGGAUGCCAUUUCCAAGUGCUGUGACACUUCUGUUCCACAAGCAUACUGCGACUAUACCCAAUACAUCAACAUUGAUACAUCUGGAAAUGUCUCUCCAAAACUCAACGACGGAUCUCUUGCUGCUCAAUGUGGAGCUCUUGUCACUCAACAAGGUUUCCUCGAUGUUUGGACUACUGACAACGAUGUGUACAAUACUUUUGCUGAUUGCUACUCUACUCCACCUGCUGCAGACUCCAAGUUGUCUGAAUUAGCUAGUGGAAUUCGUAGAGUUCAAAACAGACGAUCAAAGAGGUCUGCUGAUGUUUCUCCAUUCUUGCCAUCCACGUUGUUCGUUGACCAAGCGAAGAAAAUCAACUACCAAUCUACUGAUGCCAAUGGAGGAUUCACAUGCUUCUCUGGAGAUAGUUCUGAAGCAUACAUGAAUCUCCCAGAAGUUCGUGCCGCUCUCCACAUCCCAACUUCUCUUCCAUACUGGACCGACUGCAACUUGGUUAUGAAUGAGAACUACGUCCAACAACACAAUGACACUACCUCUGUGUUCAACGACAUCCUUGCCAGCGGAUAUCCAUUAAGAUUCUUGAUCUACAACGGAGACGUUGAUAUGGCUUGCCAAUUCCUCGGAGACCAAUGGUUCAUUGAGAAACUUGCAAAGGAUAAGAACAUGGCUGUGACUUCACAACACUCACCAUGGAACUACACUCAAGGACAAUUCUUGCCACGUGUCGGAGGAUAUUGGAAGCAGUUCACAUACACUAAUGCUCAAAAAGGUAACACGAAGGUUACCAUUGAUCAGCUCACUGUCAAGGGAGCCGGACACUUUGUGCCACAAGACCGUCCAGGACCAGCUCUUCAAAUGAUUUACAACUUUGUCAACAAAUACGACUACAACAGAAACAUGACUUUGGAUUACUCCCGCAAACCUCUUCUCUCACAAUAUCAACCAGCUCCAGUUACUCUUUCACGCAGAAUGGCUGACCACAUCUUCGCCCUUCCGGGAGCAACAUGGAAUGUCAAUUUCAACCAACACUCUGGAUACCUCCAAGCCACCCCUGGAAACAAGCUCUUCUACUGGUUCGUUGAAUCUCAAUCCGGAAAUGAGGGAGAUCCAAUUAUUCUCUGGCUCCAAGGAGGACCAGGAUGCGCUUCCACUGGAGGACUUCUUGGAGAAAUCGGACCAUUCUUUGUUAACCCAGAUGGAGAAACACUUUUCGAGAACGUUUAUUCAUGGAACAAGGCUGCUCACCUUCUUAUCAUUGAUUCUCCAAGAGGAGUUGGAUUUUCUUAUCAAGACAAAGAUGUGAACAAAGACACCACAUGGGAUGAUGACAAGACUGCACUCGAUACCUACACUGCUCUUGAAGACUUCUUCGCCGCAUACUCACCACACAAAAACAGCGAGUUGUACAUCACUGGAGAGUCGUAUGGUGGAGUUUACGUACCAACUUUGACGAGACUAUUGAUCCAGAAGAUUCAGGCCGGUCAAUCUAACAUCAAGCUUCGCGGUAUGGCUGUCGGAAACGGUAUGGUCAGCGCUGUGAAUGAUGUCAGAACUCUCCCAGAUUUCCUCUAUUUCCAUGGAAUCUACGACAAGCCACAAUGGGAGAAACUUCGUGCAUGCUGCCCAUCCUCAGAUGUCUCAUACGACUGCAACUAUGAUUACUACAUCACAAUCGAUUCCGGUGUCAAUGUCAAGGCCAAGUCGUUCCCUAAUAACCAGACACUCCAACAGUGCGCCUACCUUGUUGAGCAACUUUCAUACGACAGAAACUGGAAGGCCAUGUACGAUCAAUACAAUCUCUACCAGGAUUGCUACGUCACCCCAAGAAGCUCUGUCAGUCCAUUCGAGGAGAAGGAGAAAGUUUCAAGAAUCGAUUUGGAGAGAAGAUUGAAGUCUACAAUUCCACAAGCUCUCCUUAAGACUAACCCGACUGAUCCACUGUCAACUGAUGCAACUGGAGGGUAUUCAUGCUGGAGUGACGCUGCUUCCUACAACUACUUAAGUUUGUCCCAUGUUAGAGAUGCUCUCCAUAUCCCAGAUUCCGUUCAACGAUGGAGUUUCUGCGUGGAUAUCAACUACAGCAACUUGUACAACGACACCACCCAAGUCUUCACUGAUAUUCUCAACAGCGGAUACAACUUGAACGUUCUUCUUUACAACGGAGAUGUGGACUCAGUUUGUUCAAUGUUUGAGGCUGGAUCCAUGGUCAACAACCUUGCAACCAAUCAACAGUUUGUUUCCAACCAACCAAGAGGAUCUUGGAUGUAUGGAGGUCAGAUUGGAGGAUAUGUGCAGAAGUUCCAGAAGAACAAUUUGACUAUUGACCUGCUGACAGUCAAGGGUGCCGGACACAUGUCCCCAACUGACCGUCCUGGACCAGUUCUCCAAAUGAUCAACAACUUUGUUCACGGACAACCAAACUAUAACACCUCUAUUGCAGUCAGCAUGAUCCGUCAACCACUUCUGGCUCAAUACCUUGAGCAAGGAACAGGACCAUUAAACACCCAGGCGCCACCAACGAACCCAACGAACCCAACGAACCCAACGAACCCAACGAACCCAACGAACCCAACGAACCCAACCACCACAACGACAACAACCACAACUGUUGCUACCACUACCAAAUCUUCUAAAUAUUUAUCUGCUUCUUUCUCGGUGUUGAUUGUCGCAUUCGUCAAAUUUUUAUUGCACAUCAAAGCUAUUGUCUAUAACAAAACAAGAAAGUACGCGGGGCACACUGUCGACCUCAACUUGGGAGACAAUGCUACGGUUGCUGAGGCGAAAUCCAAAAUUGAGGAGCUCACUACUGUGCCAUCUCAAAUUCAAUGGAUUGUUUUCGGAACUACUCAUCUUGAAGACUCAAAACCACUGCGCGAGUACGGAAUCCGCGAUGGGUACACUAUCUACUCUACCCCAACCUACGUCGAGAUUCAGGAUAUGCCAAAUCUUUAA